CCCCGUCACUUCCUGCCAGGCUGCGGGCGCCGGAGCGACUCCUCAGCGUUUGCGCCGGCGGCUGCCGCGUAUCUCUCCGUUCCCCCUUCCUUUGAACCCCCGGCCCGGCGGCGCCCGCCUUUUCUGUGGCCACUCCGCCUCUUCUCUCCCUCUGUCCCUUCCUCCGCCUCCUUCUUCCUUCCUCCUUCCCUUCUUCGCCGCCGCCGCCGCCCAGGACCGCCGGCCGGGGGACGAGCUCGGGGCAGCAGCCAGGUAGAACUUUAGACUUCAUAGCACUGAAUUAACCUGCACUGAGAGCUGUUUACCUGCAGUUAUUCACUUUUGUUGAAAGUGACCAUGUCUCAAGUUCAAGUGCAAGUUCAGAACCCAUCUGCUGCUCUCUCAGGGAGCCAAAUAUUGAACAAGAACCAGUCUCUUCUCUCACAGCCUUUGAUGAGUAUUCCUUCUACUGCUAGGUCUCUGCCCUCUGAGCAUGCAGGUAGACCUAUUCAAAACUCUACUUUGCUCUCUGCAUCUAUCUCAUCCACCAGUGCAGCUGCAGAAAGCAUAACCCCUACUGUAGAGCUAAAUGCACUGUGCAUGAAACUUGGGAAAAAACCAAUGUAUAAGCCUGUUGACCCUUACUCCCGGAUGCAGUCCACCUAUAACUACAACAUGAGAGGAGGUGCUUACCCCCCAAGGUACUUAUACCCAUUUCCAGUACCACCUUUACUUUACCAGGUUGAACUUUCUGUGGGAGGACAGCAAUUCAAUGGGAAAGGAAAGACGAGACAGGCUGCAAAGCACGAUGCUGCUGCUAAAGCGCUGAGGAUCCUGCAGAAUGAACCCCCGCCCGAGAGGCUGGAGGUGAAUGGAAGAGACUCAGAAGAAGAAAAUCUCAAUAAAUCUGAAAUAAGUCAAGUGUUUGAGAUUGCACUUAAACGGAACUUGCCUGUGAAUUUUGAGUCUUUCCCUCUGACACAGGUGGCCCGGGAGAGUGGCCCACCCCACAUGAAGAACUUUGUGACCAAGGUUUCAGUUGGGGAGUUCGUGGGGGAAGGUGAAGGGAAAAGCAAGAAGAUUUCAAAGAAAAACGCGGCGAUAGCUGUUCUUGAGGAGCUGAAGAAGUUGCCGCCCCUGCCAGCAGUCGAGCGAGUGAAGCCUAGAAUCAAAAAGAAAACAAAACCCAUAGCCAAACCACAAACAGGCCCAGAAUAUGGCCAGGGGAUAAAUCCGAUUAGCAGACUGGCCCAGAUCCAGCAGGCAAAGAAGGAGAAGGAGCCGGAGUACAUGCUCCUCACGGAGCGAGGCCUCCCACGCCGCAGGGAGUUCGUGAUGCAGGUGAAGGUUGGAAACCACACUGCAGAAGGAUCAGGCACUAAUAAGAAGGUGGCCAAACGCAAUGCAGCUGAGAACAUGCUGGAGAUUCUUGGUUUCAAAGUCCCGCAGGCGCAGCCCACCAAACCAGCACUGAAGUCAGAGGAGAAGACACCAGUAAAGAAACCAGGGGAUGGAAGAAAAGUAACAUUUUUUGAACCUAGCUCUGGGGAUGAAAAUGGAACUAGUAAUAAAGAGGAUGAGUUUAGGAUGCCUUAUCUCAGCCAUCAGCAGCUGCCUGCUGGAAUUCUUCCCAUGGUGCCUGAGGUCGCCCAGGCUGUAGGAGUCAGUCAAGGACAUCACACCAAAGAUUUCACCAGGGUAGCGCCAAAUCCUGCCAAGGCUACGGUAACUGCCAUGAUAGCUCGAGAGUUGUUGUAUGGGGGCACUUCGCCCACAGCCGAGACCAUUUUAAAGAAUAACAUCUCUUCAGGCCACGUACCCCAUGGACCUCUAACAAGACCCUCUGAGCAACUGGACUAUCUCUCCAGAGUCCAGGGAUUCCAGGUUGAAUACAAAGACUUCCCCAAAAACAACAAGAACGAAUUUGUAUCUCUUAUCAAUUGCUCCUCUCAGCCGCCUCUGAUCAGCCACGGUAUCGGCAAGGAUGUGGAGUCCUGCCACGAUAUGGCUGCUCUCAACAUUUUAAAGUUGCUGUCUGAGCUGGACCAACAUAGUACAGAGAUGCCAAGAACAGGAAACGGACCAGUGUCUGUGUGUGGGAGGUGCUGAACUUUUUCUGGCCAGGAACCAUUCAUUAUAAGAUCCCAAAAUAUAUACUGAAAAUACUGAAACUGCUUUGAAAAUUUGGAAUUUCUGAUACCUCCAGUGGGCCGAGAGACAGUGGGUAAAGAAUGAGGGCAGCGGUGUGGUGAAGAUGGAGACAUUAAGGAGGUGGCCACGGCUGGGCUGGACCGUGCUGGGUUUAUUGUGAUGGCCGCUUUGUGAACAAGUGGUUCCCACACAGAAGCAGCUAUUCCACCAGGAAACCAGCAGAUCAUGCCCUGGGCCCCCCAGUACUUGGUCUUUAUUUUAUUUUGCCGUGUGAAAGAAGAAACAGGAAACAGAAAGCAUGACCCUUUCUCAAACUGGCUCACUUGCACUUUGGGACAAACCCUGGACAGCCACACCAGAGAGAGGCCUUAGACCGGCCCCAGACCUAAAAGCACCAGAGAAAAUCAAAUGCUUCUUACUCCGUGUAACCUAACUUUUCUAGCGUGCUAUGGCCCCACCACCUCCCGUAGUACCCACAUCAUAACCACUGCUUUCUCUUAGUUUAUUUUCUUUUGAUUGAUAUGACACUAUAUAAAAUUUUCAUUUGAGAGUUGAGUCUCAAUUGUAUCUAGUUAUUAGCACAGUUUGGAAACUUGUCUGAGACUGACUUUACCUGUUACCUAACCGGCAAAGAUCAUAUCCAUGUGUAUGUGCUUAGACAUUUUUAUUUUAUCGGACUAACCCAGGACUAUUUCAGUGAUGCAAAUUGUGUGCCCUCUGGUUUAGCUGAAACAGUCCUGGACUUCUCAGAAACCUUGAUGAAGUCUCCCACAGUUGUAUAAAUCGGACAAUUUUAGGAAUUUUAAACUUUAGGUGAUCAUUUGGUUCUUUUUCUAUUUUAUUUUUGUUAAUACAACAGGACUAAAGAAAUGAACUUUGAUCUUUGUUUUAAAGAUUAUAAAAAUUGUUGUCUACCCAUAUAGCUCUUGAGGACCUGUCACUACACUACAGGAUAUGAUCUCCAUGUAGUCCACAUAUAUCUACAGAUUGAUUUUCCUUGAGUGCUUGAUACUGUUAAUUACAUCUCCAUGUAGCGCUGAAAAGAAUGACCUAUGUUUCCAUAUACAGCUGUGUUGCUUUUGAUGUUGUGUUGUAGUACACAAAAAUGUGUGCACUGAGGUUCUGCGUAUGGUCCAGAAGAAAAGCCUGGUAGCCUUGCAAGUUCAGUACUGCUUCCAUUCAUUGUUUACGCUGGAAUUUUUCUCCCCAUGGAAUGUAAGUAAAACUUAGUGUUUGUCACCAAUAAAUGGUAAUACUAAA